AUGCACACACGCAAUCACGCGGUCACGUAUCACCAGCACCACCACCACCACCAGCAGCAGCAGCUCGAAAGCUCGUGGAGCGACUCGUUGCAGCACCCCCAAGCGCCCUCACGACUCGCAGCCACGAAUACGUCGUCCCUCCUGACUCUACCACCACUCAAGACCAUCUCUAGCGACAACACCUUCUUCUUCACUACCCCCUCCCCAUCUCUCCAACCCACGUCCCCCCUCCUCGCCCCUCCCCCUCGACGAAACCGAGCCAUCACCCCAUGCCACUCCAACCCGACGCUCGGACCAGGUUCGCUCCCUCGCUUAAGUGACGUGACCUGCUCACCAGUCAUCCCGCUCCUGGACGCCUCGACGCCCUCGAAGCGCUCGUGUUUCCCCAAGAAGUGCGACUUCCCGCUGUGCAAGAACAGCGCCCGCAGUCGCGGCUUCUGCUACAGUCACGGAGGCGGCCGUCGCUGUCGCGUCGACACCUGUAACAAUGGCGCCGUGAGUCGGGACCUGUGCAAGCGCCACGGCGGGGGACGGCGCUGUCACGUUGUGAACUGCAAGAGCAGCGCCGAGAGCGGCGGUCUGUGCUAUAGCCACGGCGGGGGGCGUCGCUGCCGUCUCUCGGGGUGCUCGGCACGGGCAAAGAAGGGCGGACUGUGCGGCGUCCACUUGACGGGGGGCACGCGGACAGCGUCCGUGGCAGGAGGGGCGGACACUUUGCUUACGGACACGAGCUCCGAAGGGUCGGAUGUGGUCGAGACGCUGCUGGCGCUGGCUAAAGAGCAGCCACUGGAGGACAAGAUGAAGUGCAGUGGGGACUGGCGGGGAGGGAGCGCUGCCCCGAGCGCGUAUGCGAUCACGUCGUUGCUCAAUUGA